UGCGAAUCGGAGGCGGGAGCUGACUGAUUAGUGAACCUAACACUUGUUUUACAUUGAUAAUGCGUGAAAAAAUUCCGGGCCGUGCCAUCGUCAAGGGCUGCCAAAAAGCAUCUCAGUAAACUUUUUGCCCGAAAAUUUGCAUGCUGAGUCAUAGUGUAGGUACGUGUACUGUCCCAUACAGUUCGCAUCAUAACAGAUAACCUUUUGUAACACGUUUUUGUUGCUUUUCAAGUGCAUUCUACAAAAAACAGGAUGCCCAUAUUCAUGAGUUGGAAAAACUGACAGGCUUGGAGAACAUAGAAGAUGAAUCCACCACAGAAGAACCGAUUCCAAACAAUCCUGACAAAGUUCACUUUCGGGGCCAGGUGUCCAAUAUGGUUAUAAUGCGCGUGGUUUUCUUCUCUAACUUGACCCUGCUUAUCGGAAAAGCUGUUGCUUCAAGUAUAUCUGGCUCGUUGUCCAUAAUCUCCUCACUAUUGGACAGUUGUGUGGACUUGGCCUCUGGUGGGAUCAUGUGGUAUACGUCGCGUCAAAUGCGGAAACGCCGACCCUAUUCUUAUCCUCAAGGUAGUUCACUCAUCACAUCAAAUUCACUUAUCUCAAAUACCCUUGACG